ACCGACAAAGUAAUACAAACCCGAAUAUUACUAACGUGCGCACUGGUCUCCUCGAGACGACGCCGUCGCCGAUCGUCACCGUUCUUCUAUGUACUGGGGGGUUAAUAAUCGGCGGGUCAAUGCCUUAUAUGUUCUGAUUAUACCACCUACAGGAAGAUUCUCGCCGGAGUUUCAAUUUUACAAUUUUCCUCAUUGCAAGAUCAUGAAGAAGUAGGCAAAGGUUUAAAGGAAUCUGAGAACUUUAAUAAUGGGUGAUGAGAAUGUUGCUCACAAGCCUCUGGAUGAGAAGGUUUACUUACAAGGGUCUGUUUUAUUGGAUUGUGGUAAGGAGGAGAUUGUGGAAGAGCUUAGGAACUGUUUACCCAAGUGGGUUACGCAAGAACAGGUAACAGAUAUGAUUAGAGGGACAUGGAGGAAUAUAGUCGAAAUAGUUGAUAAUUUCUAUGAACACGAGACUAAAUUCUACGAGCAAGUCUCUGCUGUUUUAGCUUUUACUUCUAGAGAUGGGUUUAGUUCGGGUAACCACGAAGCACUUGUUUCUAAACUGGAGUUUCUACACUGCGAAACCGAGCGAAAUGAAACUUGUCAUUCAUCGCAGUUUCACAAGCUCAAGAGCAUGAGUAGUUCCCAGAAGAGCAGCAUUUCUCCCGUGAAAAGGAACAGAAAGAUCAAAGGUAAACCGAAGAAGAAAGGAAAAGCUUGUUCUAAGUUGGAAUCUGCUGGCCCAAAGCAAGCUUCAAUAAUUAAAUUCUUCAACAAAGUUCCUUCAGAUGAUUCCAAUGCUUAAGAGGCUCAAAAGGUUUGUCAGAAUUUUUGGAAGUAAUAUGGUGAGCUCUUUCUGCAAAACCUCAUAGACUGAUGAACCAUUGCUGUGAUGUCAACGGAUAAUACCUCAUUGUUACUGCACCAAGAUUCUUGGAAGAUUAGGAUUCGCAUACAAUUGAUUGAUCUUCACAGCAACUAUGUAUACAUUGGCCUCAUUGAGGAAACUAAAAUCAUAGAAUGGGGGGAAAGAUUGUCAUUCAGUUGCAGAGUUUUCAGUUUUUGAGUCAGUUCAAAGAACAUUUGCUGACCUUAUUCUAGUAUUGAGCGUCUGUUACUUAAUUAAAUCCAAUAUUUGAUUGAAGAUUUUUUUUUUCUUCUUUUUAAAACUCAUUAACAUUGAAGAUGGAAGAAAGA